AAUUCCGCAGAAAAAACGAUGGCAACGCAUACGCUUCGGUGAAGUUUAAUCUGUCUCAAGUUUUCUGCACAUAUGUAUGUCAAAGCUGGUACUGGAUUGUUUGUGUGUAAUAUCGUGAAGGAAAAUUUGCAGAGGCGAAUAAAAUAAUAUAAUAAUUACAAAUCCCUUAAAACAAAAUGUCGAAAAACAGAAUCUCAAUAAUUGAGCGAAUAAACAAUACGUUAUGAAAGUGGCCCCCUAAAUCUCAAACCCGCUUGGUAUAUUGAGAUCAUACAAAUUGUGAAAAAUUGUUUAUCCCAGCUCAGCUUCGUUGGUUCUGCUGCAGCUGUUGCCGCUGCAAUGAGUGUUGGAAUGGGCCGCGUAAGGAAUAAGAAAAUAUGGCUCUACUUUGAUCGAAUAUCUGAUUAUGCAGCCCGUUGUAAGAAUUGCAAACUCAAUCUUUCUUGCAAACACACAUCCGCUAAUUUAGUUCGUCAUCUGUAUUACAAGCAUCAUGUUGAUGCUAGCUACUAUGGUGCUGAGCGAACUGGAUUUUUAAAGCACAAGCGUGGAAGAAUAAAUCGCAGUUCAGUGAACCUGGCAUCUUCAUAUCUACAAUCCGGUACCAAUACAAAUGAUUCAUUGGAACCACUCGAAGUAAUAAAACAAGAAAUUGUACCCAUGGAACUUGUACGUUGUAAUAGAUCUGACGAAGACGCCGAUGGAGAAGAUGAUACGCACUCGACACAUGACUACCAGAGACCGAUUUUGCCAAUACCGUCUCCGUCGCAGAUCUCUCCUUUAGCCGAGGAGGAGAGUGAAAAUAUAAAUGACAUUUAUGACGUUGAUGCGCAGCUUGUUAAGCAACCGGGCAUUUUGAACACAGAAUUAUAUUUGAAUAAUCCACAAUUCAAGGAAAAACUUCUAGCUGAAACACGAUACUUUAAUGAAAUGGCUGAGUUAGCGCGCGCCAAAAGAAUCAUGAUUGAGCUGCAAAGUAAGAAACUCAUAUUAGAACUGGAAACAAUGCGCACCAGCUAACAAUCCUUAGUAUUAACUAUGUUAUUUGAUAAUUAUAAACAACUGGCAUGAAAGCUAUUUCAAGUUUAUUUGUGUUAAUCGUUAUUCAGAUAUUUUUUACUUCACCUAAUAAAGCUAAAGAGAUAUCCAUACGCUUCUCUUGGAGCCUAAAUG